AUGAAACAAGUGUAUAUUGUUGCUCAACGCAUUCUAAUUAGUCCAGAUGCAAAUUCAGUUAUUCGAAAGCUCACUAGAAAUCAAACCAGGCCAUUACUGUGGGCAUCGUCUUGUCAUCAAAGUAAACUAUCAGCUCAAUUUCGGCGAGUAAAUACGAGCUCCAAAGAAAACCCUACAUCCAUUACGACUCUGAAUGAUUCAUCUACAUCAGCCCGAACUACGCAAGACCAUGAUACAACCCUCCCCUCUGCCGAAGCAGGGCGACGGCUCGCAGCAACAAAGAAAUUUUCCCAUCUCAUGGAUCACCUUCAGGGCAAUAUCUUCUUAGCCUCCCAGCGAAUCAACGAUCUCACUGGUUACUCAGGGAUCGAAGCUCUGAAAAAGCGCAUCACAAUUCUGGAAAAUAGGGUUGAUGAAGCGCAGUCGGCUGUGCGCACAGCACGUCAAGUAUACAAGACGACAGUUUCAGAUCGCGCUGCUACCCAGCGAGAAGUCACCACUUUAUUAGCAAGGAAAGAUUCCUGGACACCUAGUGAUCUCGAAAGAUUUACAGCGCUGUAUAGGAUGGAUCAUAGUAAUGAGCAAGCUGUUCAGGAAGCCACUGUACAACUAGCAGAUGCAGAAGGAAAGGUUGAAGAUUCAGCGGCGCAGCUUCGAAGUAACAUACUAAGCAGAUACCACGAAGAGCAAAUAUGGAGUGAUAAGAUACGAAGAAUGAGUACAUGGGGAACCUGGGGUCUUAUGGGAGUCAAUGUGCUUUUGUUUUUGGUUUUUCAACUUGGAUUCGAGCCUUGGAGACGGAAGAGGCUAGUCCAGGGAUUUGAAGAAAAAGUUCGGGAAGCAAUAGAACAGGAACACACACGAAUACAUGAACCGAAAGCUGAACAAACACAAUCAAACUCACUUCCAACGGGUCAACUUAUUGAUUCAGAUAGCGAGAUAGAGAAUAGAGAUAACGCGGCCGACACUGUUCUCGAAUCUACUCUCGCGGGUGUGCCAGAUAAGACAAUAGCAGGCGAACCAUCCAAGGACUAUGUUGGCGAACUCAAGCUUAAGACCUACGCACCCAAAACUUUGAGUCAAUGUCUGAUCAUUUUCAAAGAUCUGUUCAGUGAUAGAGUAGUGGAAAUAAAAAGAUACGAUAUUACAAUCCUUGCUUUAAAGAGUGCAGCUCUAAGCGCAACCAUUAUCUCAGUGUUCGCUUCACUCCUGUUUCGCUGGUCAUGA